AUGCAGGCUGAUUAUGCCACUGGCAACAGUAACAAACACGAAGACGUUGAUAACCACAAUAACGAUGACGAUGUUGACGGGGGCUGUAACGAAAACGAUGUCGUUGACGGUGACAAUGGAGAACGGAACGAUGACAGCAGUGACGGCGUCGACGACAACGGCGUUGGCACCAGCAACGAUGACGACGACCACGACGAUAACAGAGGCGGUGAAGAUGGUAGGUGCAGUGGUAACGAUAUCGGCGACGGUAAAAACAACAGUGACGACGACGACGACGGCGGCGACGACGGCGUCGACGUAAGCCUCAUCGAGAAUCUCUCAAGCAUUAGGCGCACCUCGUGA